AUGCCCAAUCCAAAGUCAAAGGCCGAUUGCGAGAAUCUGGACACUCUCCCAACGAAAUAUGCAACCCUCCAAUUCUUCGACGCCUCAGAUCCGAAAUGGGCAACCGAGAAACCAUUCUACUCCAACAUUCCCUUCACCCAGACUAAAAUCGCCAACACAAAUGUCAUCAACACAAGUGCACGGGUCCAGAUCUCUGACAUCAGAGGCCAUGAAUCAGAUUUCACACUCGACAAGAAUGGCUUCCAAUUGGUAAACUGGAAGCACAAGUUCUCUGAUGUUGGGCCUUCGUUUCAAGAAGAAGGGUAUCCUGCAGUGGUCAAGUUUAUGAAGGAAGUUCUUGGGAGCCAUGUCAAAGUUUGUGUAUUUGAUCAUAUUGUCCGUCAGAGUCAACCGCGAGGCUCUUCACCUGAAGAUGAGAAAGGGUACAUCGGCAGACCCAGCAAGGUCGCUCACAAUGGUAUGUUCCAAUACCGUAAUGCCCGACUCAACUCACGUACAGACCAAACCUAUGAAGGGACAAUCGCAAAGAUUAAUCACGACUUUGGCUCCCAAGCCCCAUCGAUCCUCUCUCAGCGCUUCCGAAUAAUAAAUGUCUGGAAACCCCUCAAACCCGUCCGCCAAUACCCCCUCACACUCUGUGAUUACCGUACAUGUGAUGAAAGGGACGGCCAUCGAAGUGAUUUGGUCUACCCCCACGUUGUGAGUGAGAAUAUUAUUUUCUCUUACUCAAAGGAUCAGAAGUGGUACUACGUUAGUGGCCAAUCUGAUGAAGAGGUUUGGCUGAUCAAGACGAUGGAUUCGCUGGCGAGGAGUGAGGAUGUUGCCAUGUACACGCCGCAUACUUCGUUCUUUGAUGAGGACCCUGCUGUUGCGGAGGAGAUACGGGAAAGCAUCGAGCUCAGGGUAUAUGUGAUUGGAUAG